CGCGACGCGCGCGCCCACUUCACCAGUUCACCGCCCUCCCCUCCCCUCCCCACGUCCAUAUAACCACCACCUCGCGCAGGCGCAGCACGGGACCGGGACGCGGAGACAGAUCGGCUGAGGCGAUGCACCCUCUGGUGGGGGCGUUGGUGGGGGAGCGGCGCUACUGGGGGCCGGCUGUGCGGCACGCGGCGGCGUGGGCGGCUGCGCUGGCGCUGGCGGUCUCCGUGGCGUCGUUCGCGCCGGAGGCAGCCUUCGUGUGGGCGCUGGCGGGAGGAGGCGGAGAAGGGGGGAGGGCGUGCGCGGCGGGGACGGUGCGGGUGCCGCUGGACGGCGGCGGCGACCACGUGUGCGUGCCGGCGCGGAUGGCGGUGCGUUCCGGCGUCGACCUGCUCGUGCCGCCAGCGUUCGCGGGCCUUGCCGUCGGGGCCUCCGCGUGUUUCGUCCGGGCGCUAGCUAUCGGCCGCCGGCACGACGAGUACUAGCCGUCCUUGGAGCUGGAGGCUUGGAGAGCGCGCGAGGGAGGAAAGGACCGCGCGUCUCAGAGGCUGGUUCUUGUCCAGUUUUUUUCUUGAUGCAAAAUACACCUCCCUGCUUGGGAAGCGUACUGUAUAACAAAUACGUUUUCAUUAUCCGUGACUUGUAUAUACGUGGUUAACUGAGCAAUGAAAUUGUGCAUAUAUUCCCAGAUAAAAAAAAACCGAUUAUUGCCGAUUAAUACAAAAUUAAAUA